UAUCCGAUAGAGCAAACAUGGCGGAGAGAAUCCAUCAUUAUUUCGAGGAGCUCUUAGCAAGGCACGAAGGAAUUCUCGCUAUACUGGUUACAGACAGAGAUGGAGUUCCACUUGUGAAAGUUGCUGAUCCUAAAACUCCACAAAAUGCCUUGAGGGCAAGUUUUCUGUCAACAUUUUCUACAACAGCAGAACAGGCAAGCAAGUUAGGAUUGUCAAGAAAUAAGAGCAUUGUUUGUUUCUUUGCAUCCUAUCAGGUGGUCCAUUUCAGUUUUCUUCCACUUGUGGUCAGCAUCAUUGCAACAAGUCAGGCUAAUACAGGACUUCUUCUUGGAUUAGAAAACGAAUUUGCAGAAACAGUGAAAGCAGUAAAAGUUGUGGUUGAUGGCGUGUAGUACAGAAAUUUAAUAUUAUAUUUUAUAAUCAGCGAAGAACUGUCGCAGCGCAAGAAUAGAAUCAAGAAAUAAAUUUAAUCACUUGUUUUUACAA